GUCGGGCCAACUCAGUUCGUCCCUCCGACCCGUUAAGACGGACCGAUCUUUUCUGCUCCAGUUCUUCUCGAGGGCUUCGCUCUUGCUAAUCGGAGGCGGCGUGGGGGAGGAGGAGAGGGAGGCGCGGCAGAAUGAAGCCGGUAGUUGGGAUCGUGGUGUCGAACAAGAUGCAGAAGUCGGUGGUGGUGGCGGUGGACCGGCUCUUCCACCACAAGCUCUACAAUCGCUACGUCAAGCGCACCAGCAAGUUCAUGGCCCACGACGAGAAAAACCAAUGCAACAUCGGCGACCGGGUUAGGUUGGAUUCUUCAAGGCCGCUGAGCAAAAGAAAGCACUGGGUUGUUGCUGAGAUUCUACGGAAGGCAAGAAUCUACGUUCGACCAUCUCUGGCAGCUCAAACACCCGGUGAGCCAGCUGCUGCUUCAACUCCACUUGGAUCUCUUCCUUCUUCACGAGGUUAACAGCAAAAGCAGAAUCAUCUUGUGUAAUAUAGCAAAGUUUGCAAGCUUAUGAGCUUCAAUACCAUUGAUAGUGUUCCUCCAUAUAAUGCAUGAACCACCGUUUGUACAACCUACCAUCUUGUUCUGCAUCCAUUGUUUCCUGUGUUGCUCAAAAUCUCUACCUGCACAGUCCAGUGUUCCGACAUGGUGUUUGUUUGAUGUAGGAAAGAAAGAAUUGAAAAUAAACCUGCUUCAAAUCAUAUGAUCCGCAUUCGAUCA